UAAUAUUGUAUUGCAUUUUGCUUCAUCAAUGACCUCCGGUGCCAUUACAACUGUAGCUUCACUGCCAGUAGAUAUUGCCAAAACUAGAAUCCAAAGCAURAAAAUUAUUGAUGGAGUACCAGAAUAUACUGGCACAAUAAAUGCAAUGGUAAAAGUUGUGAAGAAUGAAGGUUUCCUCAAUUUGUGGAAGGGCAUUGUGCCAUAUUUUGCUAGAAUUGGACCUCAUACCGUAUUAACAUUUAUAGCUUUAGAAAAGUUCAAUGAGGCAUAUAAAGUUGCCGUGUAUGAACGUCAGUCAAAAAAAUAAAUAUUAAAAUAGUUAUUAACUAAAUAAAUAAUUUAUCCAUAGGUACAUUCUUACGAUUUAUA